UCCGGGUCCGGGUUCGGGUUCGGGUUCGGGAUCGGUGCGGCGGGGAAAACCGGAGCCGGGAAAACCGGAGCCGGAGGUUCCCCGGCGCGGGGGGGAAACGGCAGCCCGAGCCCGGCGGCGGCAGCGAGCGAUGCCCGGGCGGCCCCGCGGGACGGGACCGGACCGGAGGCGGCGGGACGCGACGGCGAAGCCGGGGCGAGCGGCGGCCUCCCGCCCCUCCCGGCGCCGGGGCCGCUCCGCAGCGGCCCGCGGUGCCCGGGGGAGCCGGGCGGCUCGGGCGGGCGGUGGAGACGGGAGGCCCCCGCCGUGGGAACGGCUCUUGAGCAAUCCCCCGCGCUGGCCGGAGGACAAAAAUGAGGAAGAUUUGGGUUUUUUUAAUUAUUUUAUUUUUUGCAACUUCUGCGUCGCUCGAAAAACACAUGGAGCUUCGUAAGCGUCGCGCGUGCCGGGGCGGUGAGUCACGGAGCCGUGAGCCCGUGCGGAGCAGCCCGGCGAGGCCCCGCGCACCGGCUCCCGCCGCCGUCGCUCCGGUUUGCGCCCGCCCGGCGGGAGCGUGGGAAGCGCCCGGGCUUGCCGAGUGCCGCCCUUGCCGGGCCGCCCGCCGCGGGGCCUCGCGCUUUGGUGGUCUUUGAAUUGGGAAGGAAGUCGCCCUCCGAGCCCGGCUCCGGCCCGAAACGCGGCGGGAGCCCCGGGGGCCGCGGUCGCGGGUGCUGCAGCGCUGCAAGACGCCGGGAGCUCGGCCGGCAGGACCCGGCGCCGCGCGGCCGAUGCCAUGGAAGGCGCGCAGCCCCCGCGGGCGGCAGAGCCGACCACCCCGCUGCUGCGCAAGGCGGACGCCCCGCCGCUGCCCGAGGAGGCCAACACCGUCGUCAUCGCCGUCGUCAUCGCGCUGGUGUUCGUCACCCUGCUGACGGUGCUGGUGGUGAUCGUCGUCUACCUGUACAAGAACAAGGGCAGCUACCUCACCUACGAGCGGCCGGCGGCGGAGGGCGACGUCUCCGUGCAGAUGGAGGACGCCUCGCCCGGGGAGAAAGCAGAGUAUUUCAUCUAGCGCCCCGGGCCCGGCACGCGCCUCCCGGCUGCGCUCAGGCCCGAGGCCGAGCGGCCUCAGCCUCCUCGACUCUGGGAUCUAGAAGCCUCUUUUCCCCUUUUAAUUUAUUAAGCCAGCCGCUGCAGGAAAUGAAGACGCCCGCCGCGGCUUCGCCCGUCGCGCCCCCGGCUCGGCGGGGAGGGCGAGCGGCACGGCUGCGCUGGGGCUGCUCCCGCGGUGCUUGCGCCCGCCGCGGCUGCUCCCUCCGGUGCUUUCCAAUACAAGUCCGUGAUGAAUA